AUGUUUUUUAGUAUCCUCUCUUUUCCAUUUCGACAAUCCAUUGUCACUUUCAAUACCCUAGCCAAUCCAUAUUUUUACCAAGUUCGUGGUGUUACCAGACUUUGGGGACGUGGUGAUGUAAAGUAUCCUCCUCCAAAGCCAUUUAACAAAACAGCGCGAUAUAGAGGCAUGCUGAAGGCGAAACCGCUUAGUAAAGAAGAGCCAACAAUAUAUGGACAACCAGAGACUGUAGAGAUCACUGGUGAAUUCACGGACAAUCCGUUUAGUCAGGUCGUAAAUGGACAAAAGAACACUGUAAAACUAAUUUUUGACAAUAAAGGAACAUUAAAUUAUACUAUCAAUGCAAUUGCUGGUGCUUUGGUUAACAAAGACAAUCCAAAUGAGAUUUAUCGCAAUUUAACCGCCGCCAAGUAUUCCCUCAAAGCACCUUCAAUGGAUCAUGUUGAAGUUCCAUAUUAUUUUUAUGCUGAAUUUCCACCACAGGAAUUGGAUAUCAUUUUGUUUGUCUUCUUUUCUGACGAUGAAAAACGUCAAUUUAGAGGUGUUGGAUAUAAUGGAACGGUCACUAUUGUCGAUCCAGAGCAUUCAUUAUUUGAUCUUCAACUCAUUUUCUUGUAUAUUUUGCUCUUCGGCAUGGUUGCAGGUAUAGGAUACAUGAUCUAUCAAGCAUUCUUCGGAGGAGCUAAAACUAAAAAGAGCAAGAAGGAUGUGGCUACUGGUACAAGUUCAUCAUAUGACGAAAACUGGAUUCCUGAACAACAUUUAAAACAAACAAGAGCAUCCUCUCGUCUUAAAAAGAAAUCUGAAUCUUAA